CUGAAUUUUUGACAUUGACGUAUUGUCAAAAUUCAAAUUGGGCGGUGGUCCAAUUUAUUGAAAUAAUUCCAAAAUAAAACAAAUCAGUGGUCAAUGACACAAUUAUGAGAGUUCAAAUAAUUUCGCCACGAGUCGUCGGUGCCACAAAUAGUUUAAAUAACAGAUUUUAUAAAGUGAGGUUAUGUAGGUAAAAUUUUAAAUGAAUAAAAUUUACAGAAAUUACAAGAGAUUAUCCGUAUGGAUACUACUCUUUACGCAAAUACUGUUAAUAAUGUCGUACUUUUACUUAAAAGUUGACAGGGAUAUUAUUAAAAGUGAAAAAAUCUCGUUUAUAAACUCCCACAAUGAAGAACAACCAAAACGAACAUAUCACACAUCAGAUAGUAGGAUAUUUUUGAAGAGUAUUAACACCCAUACGAAGUUUAGCGAUUUUAAUUCAAGUUUGUGUUACAUAAAUGGCACGGAUUUAGUGUCAAUGAAGCGUUCAAAGGUUUUCAACUGGCAGUGUAACUGUCUUCCUGGAUGGCAUGGAAAGGACUGUGGACAACCAGAAGUCAUAUGGAGGGCCUUUCUAACCCAUAGGAAACCCAUCAAGAUAACAGGCCCCAGGAGUUUUGAACGGAGAAUCAUUUACGUGUUUGCAGUAGAUGAAUUUAGUGAUAUUAUGGCCGAAAUAAGAAUCAACGAACUAGGUAAUAUUGUCGACUUGUUUGUUUUGUACGAAGAUGAAGGAUCUGAUUUUUUGGAGCGUAAAUUGAACAAUAACUUCGUCAAAAACUACCACGAAAAAAUCCUGUACCUUAAGACGAAAAACAUAAAUAACGCACUACGUUUAAUUAGGAAUUUACGAGACGACGACGUGAUUUUAGUUAGCGAAAGAAAUGAAGUACCUAAUAAAUUCGCAAUAAUUUUUUUGAAAUAUUACGAAAAGUGGCCGGAACCGAUCCGUUUUCGUUUGCGAUGGUCCGUAUUUGGAUUUUUUUGGGUCCACCCGAGCAAAACUAUGAUAACAGGAGGUGCUUGCUCUGUGUCAUUUCUCAGAGGAAAUUUUAAUAAUAACAUUAGCUCACUUCAUGGGACGUCCACUCCUUUAAAUAAGGGAAUUAUAUUAGGAGACCUCAACCAUUACGGUGGUUGGUAUUGCGAAUUCUGCAAUGACGUAGCACAAAUAAUCGAAUUUUUAUCAAGCAAACCCCAACCUGGAAUUAAUUUAGAGAAAAUCGCACAGAGGAAAAUCGACAAUGCCUUUCUAGAAGAUCUUGUAGAAAAUGGGCUUUAUAUAGAUGGGAAGACUGAACUUCUGAGAACGCACCGCUACCGCGACAACUAUUUCGCACCCUAUUACGUAUCGGAAAAUAGCUGGAAUUAUGAUUUUCUGCUCACAAAUAUGUAUUCUAAAAUAGACUAUUAUGAAGGAUGAAGACUGAAGAAACAACGGAAUUCAAGAGAAAAUCGUCCUGCAAUGAUUUGCGGUCCUCCUAAUAUUAAGCUGUGAUAACUUGUAAAUAAUCGCCCUUGCUAUAUCAGCUAGUAAUAACUUUUUAUCAUGUAAUAAACAAAUGAAAUUUUA